AUGACUUCAAAUAGCCCGAAAGGGGCUUGUCUAGUGGCGCGAGCCGUCCCAACUCAACUACCAGCAGAUGCGACGGACCAGCUCACCGACCGUCUCGAGCAACUUUCUGUCGAAGAGGCUAUCAACCAGAAGAAAAUUGCUAAGGUUUGGGACCAUUUUCAUUCCUAUCGUCUCAUAGAUAAAUGUGAAACAUUUUUCCUAAACUCAGCUCGAGUUUCUGGUAGGUUCGAGUUUUUUAGGGUAGAUAACUGUGAUACGAAGUUUCUUCAAAAGUUGAACUGGAGGCUAAAAAAAUUCUUUUUGUUAAGAUCAGUCAUCGUUACAAAUAUUUGUUUGAUAGAUGAAUUAUAAUAGUACAUUUUUUUGGCUUUUUUUCAUUGGUCUGUUUCAAAAAAUCUUCGACUUACUUCUAACACAUCCUGAGCGUAUGGAAAAGGCUUCCAACAUACUCGAUGAAGUACCAUUUCUGAUCAAAAGGAUUUUUAAAUAACAUUUUUCAUCGAAUCAUUUUUCCCUCGUAUCCCGUGAUUUUAAUCAACCUUUAUGGGGAUUCGAAUAAUUACGAUGACAGAAAAUUCAUUUUUUCGACACAGAAACAAGGUAUUCGAUGCGUUCCCAUACAAAUUCUGUUUUCAUUUGACUGCUACCAACUGUUUUCAAAAACUGUUGACAAUUUCAAUUUGAACUUCCUUGUUCAUUAAUUUUUCGAAAACAUAGAAACUUGGUAAUCAGAGAAGGAGAAUUUGGUUGAGAAGAAGUACUGAAUUUGUUAAUUAAAGGUGGCCAACAAUGUGACGCCGUCGGACUUCGUCACUCUCCAAAGCAUUCGUUCAUCGGCUCUGGCUCGUAAGACCAAUACGACCUUCAAAUUUUCUCGUGGCGGGCCAGCUCUUUUUGCCGAUCUUCUCAAUAAAGAUGCACAGGUUAGCUGAGAAAAUCUGAUUUCCUUCCCAGGAUUUUCAAAAUAAGAAGUCUUGAAGCAGUCAAGUUUUUGAACUGAACAAAAAGAAACUUAAUCAGUCAAUCAUGUUACCCAUGCCAGAAAUAAUGUUUGAUCUUCUCUUAGUUAGUUCCUUAGCAACAAAAAGAACUCGAAAAAUCAAACUGGUGAAAGUAUUUGCAAGGAAGGCCGCUUCAUGAAAGCAGAAUUUUAAUUCUCUCUUAUCAAGUUAAAGUCUGAAAAUUAUUCAUACGAUGCAGAAAGAUGAACCCAAAGACAACAAGCCAGACGGAGAGAAAGCAGAAACCAAAGAAAAAGAUGAAAAAGAUGGUAAAUCAAGCGAUGACAAGGAGGAUGAAGAUUCGGAGAAGUCCGAAGAAAAGACUGAAGCCGAAGACGGAGAAUUACUCUCCAGAGGACCGGUGCGCAAUGUACGAGCUUCGCACGCACAUCACCCAUACCACGUCGGUACGAAAUCGCUAUCCUAUUUCAAAUUUGAUGAUGCCAGUUCAGGUGGAAUCGCAUAUGGCACCGCAGCUCAGACCGCUGUCCAGGACUUUUCGGCAUUCUCAAACUAUGGCAGCGGCUAUGAAUGCGGCAGCACUUGGAGCGAUAGUCCUGACACCAUGGGGUAAAACAAAUUCGUGUUAUCUUCAUUCUCUUUUUCACAACAUUGAAGAACUGUGACGAUAAUACUUCCAAGAGUUUUCAUUUACUUUGUGCAACCGACUCAAAAUUACUUACGCCGGACGGCGAGCUGAAUCUAGCUCAUGGUACAAAAUGCUCAUUUGUUACCCGCCGGAAUAAACCGGUUCGAGCUAUUAAGAGCGGUUCAGAAUCUAGAGAGUGUAAAUGUCCUGAGGGAGCAGCUUUUUACGUCGAAGUUUCAAUUCUAGAAUUGCGUGAAAAAAACUUUAAAGAUCCUAACGUGAAGAUUUUAUUCAAAAAUAUGAAUUUUUAUGGGCGCUUCUUUUUCCUAAAAAAAUGUUAUGUGAAAAAUAGACAUUUUUUUGAACAAUUCUUAAAUUUAUACAACAUGACAGCUUCAACUUUUAGUUUAUUGCAAAUACUUGUAAAGAUUCCCAAAAAAAUACCACUUUCAAACUUUGAACCGAGAAGCCGCUUUCUUUUUCAUUUCAAAGGGGUUUAAAAAGGCAUCUCAGCGUUGAAUAUGGACAUAAUUGAAAAAAACUGUGGAAAUUAGAAGUUUUGAAAAAACCCCUAAAAAUAUUUUUUUCCACGAUCGGCAUGAACAAUCGAAUUUUGCAUUAAAAAAAUUAUUUCUUCUCCUUUUGUGUUUGGAUCAGCUAUUUGGAGAUUUGCCUCAAGCAACGUGAAAAGUUUCUUUUACCGAUUCUGCUGCAAACAAUUCAAAAAAAUUUUUUUCAAAAAUUGUUCAAGCGUCUUUUUUUAUAGUUUCACCGGCCUUCUCGAUCCGGUUUGCCACUUUUUUUGUUGGGAUCGUUUGCUAACUGGAUGAACCGGUGUUUUUAGGUACAUCUCUUCGUCCUCGACGCCAGACACAGUGCUUUCCGAAGGCUACCUCUCCGCAUCCCCACAACAACACAGUCCUUACUCUGAUCGCAGUGGUGCGCCGCCUUCAAAUUUGUCAGAAGGUAAAAUCCUUGCAUCGAAUCUUUUAUUUUUUAUGAAAGAAAAAAGCGAGUUUUUGGAAAGAUUUGAUCAACCUCAAAAGAAAAAGCCGCGGAAUUCAAUUUCAAAAGUUAAUUAACUGUGCGUCAUCACUGUUUCGCCCACAUGAGGAGAGCAGUUAAUCAAAAUAUUUUUUCCCGAAAAGACAAAAUCUGCUUUCAUAAGCUUCGAUUAGUCAGGGCCAGGCAACCUUAAAAAUUACAAAUGGCUUUGUUAGAGUUGUUAGGCUCAUGAUUUUUCAUUCGUUCUUAAUGGUCAUGAGCAGUGAGCGAAACAAAGUUGGAGAUAAACGAGAACUUCCGCAUAUUAUGGAUCGGUCUUUUUGGAAAGAUUCCUAUGAACUAUUUUGACUUUCCUUCUUUCUUAUAUGUCUUCAAAAAAUUUAUCAUAAUUCAGCGGUGAAUAGUAUGAGAUGCACAGCAAAGACUUUUCAGACCACACUGCGGAGAUCACACGUCUUCUGGACUCGUCCGACCUGCCGGAGACCCUCGCCGACUUCAUCCUUGCCUACUCGCGACAGUACACAGAACAGAACAAGGCUGAGAUGUGCAGUCCGAGAGUCCGACCUCCUUCUGCCGACUCCGGCGUCAACUCUCCCAUGUCCGCUCGCUCGGCGCCGCACGCCAGUCCUCAAGUUCCCACUGGGAGCAGUAGGUCAGAAAUGUGACAUUCAUCCGGAAAACUGAAUGAGAAACACAGAAAAGGCACAACUGAACCUUCGCAGCAAUGCUUUUGAUGAUUUCAAACCGCACAAUUUUUUCGUCUUCUAAACAACUCAAAGACGAAAAACUGAUGAAAAUGGGGAAAAAAAAGUCAAUAUUAAAUUUUGAGGCAAAUACCCAUCAAGAGAUUUCUGAAAUGGUUUUCUUAAAAAAUCCAAAGUGGAAACAGGAAACCCCUUUUUGUGAGCUUUUCAGAUAUCCUUUUGCAAAACCGAAACGUUAACAUUCAGUUAGACCAUAAAAUUUAUGUGAAAAACCCUGUAUCCAAAAAAAAAACUUGAAUUAUUUUCAUGAUCCCUGAAACGAAGAAGAAAUGACCCUUGAACACGCUAUGUAACGAUCAUCAAAAUUGCUUCUUUGAAAACAUAUUUUUAAAAAAAAGCCUGAAUAUUUGAGUGUGUUACCAAGGAGACGUCGUUUUGUAUGUAGUUUGGUCAUUAUCGGGCGUAGAAUCAUUCUGGCGGGGCACCGUAUGCUUUCGCGCAGAUAUGACACACAUUCACGUAGGACGAUACGAGUUUCAUAGUAGAGGGCUGGUGGAUUUCCGCUUCUGCUUACAAAAUUCUGAUCCAUUUAGUUCAGUGAGUCAGAUUCAUUUUUUAAAUAUUUUUUUGGAAAAAAGUUGUUUGCAUUAAAACUGACUUUUUGUUUUGCGGUUGAGAUUUGCUGAAUUUACUGACCCAAAACAGAACUACAAAAGACUCAUAAAUCUCGAAAUCCCAGUUUUUGAAAGCCAAUUCUGAAAAAUUUCGAAGAAUCGACUUUUAUUUUCUCAAAAACAGAAAAUUUAUGCACCAUGUAAUUGCAAGUAGCUCCAACUAAAUGCUCAAAUUCAAUUUUUUUACUAUACUUUUCUCUAAAAGAAGUUAUGGUUUGGGUUUGGAUCAACUACAGAAUUAAUAGCUCAACGAAGUCAAGUGGAAUAUCAUCAAAAAAAAGUUCUCGAAUAGGAUGAAGCUUUGAAAACUGAUAUCUGUAAAAAGUUAACUAAGUUGAGAAGUUUCGAAAUUUUUCUGUAGUGUUCUUCUUUUCCGCUCGAAAAUUGAAAAUUCAAACACUCAAAAACUCAAAUCAGUCUAAUCUCAACAUUGCUUCAGCGGACCGACAACGCCGUCUGAAAGCCGAUCAAGCCCCCGCAAAAGCGCCACAGACUCCACUGCCAAACAGCGUCUUCAUUCAAAAAUCAAAGAAAAUGAACUCGCAGAAGGAUUCCAUUGGGCAGUUACCUGUGCUCAGGUAAGCCUCCAAAAUUUUUCUUCCUUUGAGAAAUAAUUUCGCUGUACAAUGAUUGGAACAGCGGUGGCUGCGCAUUUGUAGGGGAGCCAAAUAGAGAGAUAUGAAGCUACAAAAUGGGCUCCCGCCUUUCUUGUCUGGAAAAUGUAGUCUUGGAUUUUGUUUGCGACGGAAAGUCAUUUUAAAUCAAACCUCCGUUUCAGUUCUUUGAUGUCAGCUUCUAAUCUCUCUCGGAGGAUUUGCAGACUCUACUCUAGAUGAUUAAUUUAAUUUUUUUAAUUUCGACUUCUCGGAAAUGUUGGAACCCGUGAAAGUACUAAUUAAAUGUCUCAAAAUACACCUUUGCGAGCAAAAAAACGAGAUUUUUAUUGGAUGUGAUCUUUCAGUUUCUCACGUAACCAUAUCCGCCCAACCUGGCACUCAGUUUGAAUGACACUUUAGAGAGUGGCAGGUUCGCCUCUCAUAUUACUUUCCUUCGAAUUAUAAAUCACAGAUAGUGCGUGUGUUCUGUGAUAAUACCAAACAACGUUUUUACUUGGUCACGGCUCAUAUCAAACGAAACCGACGAAUAUAACUAUGUUUUUUUCUGUUUCUCACGCUUUCCCUUCUAGACUUUUAUACUUUCCUACGUUUCUUUGCUUUUUCACGAAGGCAAUGUAAAGCUACAAGUUUGGAUAUUUUUUCGGAACUGAGCGGAGACGAGCUAUUUAUUGCGAGAUUGCGUUUCUGAAAGGAGAUAACUUCUGAAAAUCGUGAAUUUUCCUUCUCAAGAACUCUCUAGAAUACGUCUUGAUGAGUUUCAGCGAAAUCCCAGAGUUGUCUCCCUUCAAAUCUUUUGUCCGAAAAUCUUAUUAAAAGUUCCAUAGUUCAAAUGGCGUCACAGAAAAACUGAAAAAAAAUAUUUUUCUAAAUCGUCUCGAUAUGUUUCAAUUCGUUCUCUCAGUGAUGCGAAACGUUGACGAGAGCUUCCCACGGUUUAAAUGGUUUGAAUGGUUUUUUAAUCAAAUUGACACGCAACGCUCCCUAUUUCUUCUCUCGAAUUCCGAAAGAAUUCAUUCUGUGCGGCGCGGCUCUGAGCUUUCUUGUAUUCUCUUUUUUCUAUUUUUCUUAUUUUUUCAGUGCGCCCCAGGAGCCUUGACGUUCCGCGACGCCGACGGCGACACUCUUCUUCACAUUGUUGUGGCUCAUAUGGACUUGGGCAAAAUCUACGCUUUGAGUGAACAAAUGCGCAAGAUGGAGCGAAACAACGAGCAGAAACCUUUUGACCAAGAAAACAAGUUCCACGAGACGCCGCUCUACGUCGCCGUCGUGCAGCGCAGCCCUGAGGUUUGUUCCUCAGUCUUUCGUUGAAAAUCGAGCCAAACUACAGUACUGGCCAUAAAGGUAUUUCAAAGUGGUUAUUCGAGCAUAACUUCUCUGAAAAUGACUCAAAUGACUUGAAACUUCGCACAGAUUUUAAAUAGCUACGCAGUAACAUUUUCUCAGAAAAAGAACUUACUUGCUUGAGUCAAACAGGAUUUGAAAGCAAAAAACCAAAAAUCGUGAAAAUGAAGAUUUUUCUCUAGAGAUUCGAAAAAUCAUAUCUUCAAAGAAACUUCGAUUUUCAAUUAGAAACUUUUUUCCCCAGUAAAACAAAUCUUCGACUUUCUAAAAAACCUAAUCAGCCCCCUAUCAACCCGAUAGCAAGAGCGUAGUGACUUUUUCUUCGAAAGGCCUUUGCGUUUUGACGCCUCGUCAUUCAAAUGGACUAUACGAGGUCAUUUUUGUUUGAGAACACCCUGUAUCAUGUUGAAAAAAACUUCAAAAACCUCCUCAAGAAUAGUUUCACACUGUUUUUCCUCAGCUUUCUCACUUUACCCGCUCUUCAGAACUCACUAACUUCUCUGGGACCGAUUUUUGAACCUCUGAUUCGAGACAGUUUUUCUGGACUUUCGGGCAUUCAAAGGAGUUUUUAUCUGAUCAGUCGCUUUUUCAAUCGUGAAAUCGAAAAAUAAAUAAUGAAUAAAUUGCAGGCUCCUACUUUCUAAAGACUGCUAAUUUUUUUGCUGAAGCAUUAGUUUCACAAGACCAAAAACUUAUUUUCCAUAAGAUUUAAAGAAACAUUUUACAGUGCCUAUUUUCUAUCUGAGAGCUAGGAAGAGGAGUUACAAAUUUAUCUAAUGAUCUAAAACAUUUAAAAAUAUGAAAAAGGGGUUUUUAUCAUCUUUCACAAGAUUUGGAGCCUUCUAAGCAACACUUGCUUAAACGGAGUUUUGAGAACUUGGAGGAACUCAUUAUAACUCACUAUAUCUUUUGAAUAAGUAAGCGAAACACAGUGAGUCUCCUUUUAUUUUCAUUCAUUAAGGUUUUGGAAAAGCUUUGGAAUCUGAAAUGAGAAAUCGAGAGUGUUCUGAUUUUGAAAAACGAGCAUAACCGCUUCAAAUCAGAGGUUCAAAAUCGGUCCCAGAGAAGUUAGUGAGUUCUGAAGAGCGGGUAAAGUGAGAAAGCUGAGGAAAACAGUGUGAAACUAUUCUUGAGGAGGUUUUGAAGUUUUUCAACAUGAUACAGGGUGUUCUCAAACAAAAAUGACCUCGUAUAGUCCAUUUGAAUGACGAGGCUUCAAAACGCAAAGGCCUUUCGGAGAAAAAGUCACUACGCUCAUGCUACCGGGUUGAUAGGGGGCUGAUGAGGUUUUUCGGAAAGUCGAAGACUUGUUUUACUGGGGAAAAAAGUUUCUAAUUGAAAAUCGAAGUUUCUUUGAAGAUAUGAUUUUUCGAAUCUCUAAAGUAAAAUCUUCAUUUUCACGAUUUUCGGUUUUUUGCUCUCAAAUCCUGUUUGACUUGAACAAAUGAGUUCUCCUUUUGAGAAAUAGUUACUGCGUAGCUAUUUAAAAUCUGUGCGAAGUUUCAAGUCAUUUGAGUCAGUUUCAGAGAAGUUAUGCUCGAAUAACCACUUUGAAAUACCUUUAUGGCCAGUACUGUAUGUCAUUCCAUGUGUUUGGUAUGGAAAUUUUGUUUUCGGAAGAGUAAACGUCAUAUUGAAAACAGAAGCAAAAACAACAUCAUUCUUGCGUGUUCUAAGGAAUUCAACGUUCUUUCAAAAAGAAAAAGCUAUAAGCAGUGUCUGUGAUCAAACUUGUGGGAGGGUAUCAAGAAUUGUCGAAUUUCCUUGUUUGAGGGAAAAGCUUGCGAUUUGCUGGAUAAUUCGGAUGAAUCACAUCCUCUCAUGGAAAUGCCAUGAGCACUCUGAUUUUUUGGCUUAAUAAGAAUGUCAAUCCAACAGAAUCCUGCUUUAAUUAAAAACGUGAUGUUGGCUCUCAACCCACAUUCCAUGUAAUGGGUUUCGUUAUAUUUUGAAGAAUCAACUAAUUAUCGAAGACCAUGCUGAUUGUCUUAUUCAAUUUAUUUGCUGAGAAGCGUCAGGAAACUGGAGAGAAGAAAACUAAAAAUUAUCAACAAAAAAAAAUGCGGAAAACACUCUUCAUUGGCUUUAUGUGAAUUUUGCAAUUUUUCCAUUUAGAUUCCUAUAAAUACAUUGAAAGAAGCAUCUUAGUGAUAAUAAUCACCAACGCUGAAAGUAAAAAAGAAAACUAAUAGAGCGUUUCAACAUUUACACAAAAAAAUUACCCGUUUCUUGAAAGUCGCAAAAUUUUUUUUUUUUUUUUGAAGAAUAACGCUAAGCGUUCCCGAUCUUUUCAGUUUAAAUCUCAUUCACUUUCAGGUCGUGGCCUAUCUCUUGGAGAUCGGAGCUGAUCCCAACGUUCAAACAACCCGUGGAGACCGUGAUACUACUUUGCAUUACGCUGCCUCACGCGGAAUGUCCGAAGUAUUGGAGGUUUGAAAGAAAAAUUAUGUCAGUUAUAAGUAUCGCAUUUUCAGCUGUUGAUCAGCGCGCAUGGCGUCAAGUUGAACGAGUUGAACGCUCGUGGCCAGACGGCCCUCAUGUGUGCCGUCAAGAACCAUGGAAUCAUCGACGAGCCUACCCAGCAAGUCAUCGACAACUCUGAGGUCAUCGCCAGCCUUCUGCGCGCUGGAGCUGAUCCAACUAUCGCUGUAAGUUUGAAAUCUAUACCAAAAAAGAGGACCGGAAGGUUCUGUUUUUUGAAACCGAUUGAAAAAGGUUCGAUAGUGUUCGAAAACCUGCAAUUACAAGGCUCUUAAAAUGACAAUCCAAGUGGAUGUUUGCUGUAGUUAUUUUUUCAAGAAGAAAAAUUAUAACGUGUCCCACGCGAUGGAGAGAACUGGGAUUUAUGAACUUAUUAUCGGGUUUUUUUGAGCUUCUGAACAACCGGGAGAGACUUUCUGGUUUUUUAAAAAGUCGAAAAAAGUCUUUGAGAGCUCAAAAAUAAACUCAAACUUCGUCAUGUGAAUGAAACAACAUAUUUUCUCACGGUCAUGACAUCAUCAUUCUACUUGAAAAAGUUCGGACUCAAUCAAGUGCUCCGGAAGGAUUAGGAAAGCAACUUUGGUGCUGAAAAUGUCUCAGUCAAAGGGUACGGCCAACGUCCACUUGUUUGAGUGUUUGAGGCGUACCGUCGCGCCGCCUGUCACCGUAUGCCCUCGGCGAUUUGUUUGCCUUAAGGCAAAGAAAGUCUUUUGCUCCUUACUCGCACGGAUCGCCGUUGAGAAAAUCAAAUAAACAAGAUCUGGCGACUUGCGUUGACUCAUUUUGUGCGCAAGUUCGAUAGGGACACGGAAUUUCGAAUCUAAACUAUAAAAAAAUAUACAGACAUUUGGACAUUUUUUUGUCAAACUUCCAAUGAAUAAAUUCACGUUUUUUUUACGAUUGAAAAUGAUGAAACACAAAGAAAAAAAUUAUGAUAUCAUCAAAACAUGUUUUCGACUAAAAAAAUGGUUCAAGAAACCAUGAGAAAAUAUAAUUUUGAAAAACACAUUCAAAAACCAAUUAUUUUUGGUGAGAAGUUCAAAUUCAAAAAAAAAUGUCAUGAGAAUCUCAUUUAAAAGCAAUCGUUUCUCAAGUUCUCAUGAUUUGAUAAUCUUUGUCUGUGAUACUGAAAUUCGUCAGAGCGAUUUCUUGGAGCCUUCCAAAAAGAUGAAAUUAUAAAAUGUAACUGGUUCGAUGUUACGAACUUCAUGUUAUUACUCUUCACAUAAAAUAAAUUUUGAAUUUUCGAUUGCCACCAGCUGAAAAAAUAUUCAAACGUUUAUUAAUGCAAACUAUUCAAAAAUCAACAUAUCAACUUCGAAAAUAAUAAAAUACAGAGAGCAUUUAUGAAUAGACACUAAUGAGUGCUGAGAAACAGCUCAUUUCGAUUUUAAUAAUUUUGAAAAAUGUAAUUUCAGGAAAGCACCACCGGGAAGACGAUUGUACACGUGGCCGUUGAGAAACUGGACUUGGAGCUCUUCGAUGUGAGCUCAACUUCUUGUAACUUUAUUCAAUUUGAUUUUUCAGUUGCUCCAGAAGAACAUGAAGGAAGACCAGAUGUGUGUGCUGGCCAACAUUCCGGACUUCAGCAACGAAAAACCAGUCGAUUUCCUGGGUUGCGAAGCUGCUCUCGUCCAGCAGCAGAAGAAGACGGCCCGCGAAGGCCUCUACAUUCGUCUUCUGGCCUACGGAGGCACCAAGACUCUUGUCAGCGAGCAGUGACUCCGAUCGUCUCCAUUGAUUCUGUUGCGUUCAUAAAUAUUAACCGUUCUCCCUGUUACUGUACAUCUGCAUGUCUGUCGUCGUUCAUUUUUGAGUGAGUCUUGUUUGCACCACCCUGUCACUCUAAACGUAUUUUUCGGUCACCGAUCUCAAAUCUACAUUUUUUGUUUGUGUGUAAAGAGGUUGAUGUUUGACUUCAAGCCGCUUAGACCCAAAUCUAUACACCCAAAAGGACGGCAAAAAAUGAAGAAGUUGAUGAAAAUGAGUCCUUCAGGGUGUAUACGGUACAUUAGGCGAUGAAGCCGUGUGGAGCAAUAACCAAUAAAUUCAAAUUUUCAUCGAAAUUCCCGCCGAUUCGCAUACUUGUUCGUGUCUGAACCGUGUAAUCAUCCUACUUGUAUUAAAAAUAACCCUGGAACCAUUAGAAAAAAAAAAACGAAGACCUGUAAAACGAACAUUCUGUUUUUUCUAAACCGUGUUGUGAUGUUCACUGUAAAAUAUUGUUGAAGCAGAGAUUUCUAGAAAAAAAUUGCUUAUAGUUCGACUGGAUACCAAUAGCUGAGGUUUUUGUCUCGCUGAAACCAAGUCUAGUCGUUUAUUGUGACCCUAUUUCAUGUAAAAUGAAGUUACCCUUUUCCCAUCAACGACUUUUUUACCCUCUAUGAGUAUUCUGACUUGAAAUAACACCAGAUUAACGAUUCUCCUUUGUUGAGCAGUCUUGAAAAACAAGUUGCGUCAUUUGCUCUCGUUUUAAAUCGUUUCUUGAAAUAUUCCUACAUAUUUGCUGAUCGGAAGUGUAUUGCGAAAGAUUUUUGUUUUCAAACUCCGGUGAACCAAUAAAGUCGUUGAUUGCACUUUUUUUGAUAUUAAAAAUCUACAGAGUGAAAAUACAUACACAUUUACAAAAUUAUUCAGUCUCCAGAGAAGAUUCUCUUCUAAAUCAUGGGAUCAUAGAAGAGUUGUUUGUCGGUUCGCGGAGCUGUCGUUGAUCAGCAAUGGCGUGUAGAGCAUCUCGUCCUUCCUUUGACAUUAGUAGACAAUUUUCGAACGUUUCGAUCAUCAGCGCUUAAUCAUGUAAAAAAAUGAGACAGGUUAUGGAAAAAAUCAUGAAUGACCUGUUAUUCUUACCUAUUCAAAAACAAUCUGAAGAGUAAUAUCAAAAAGGUCUUUGAAAGUUUUCCGAGAGUUUCGAGACUGGAAAAAAGGCUUUCCUUUGAUUUUUGAAGAGUCGAGAGUCAUCAUUCUUGGAGCUUUCAGAGAUUUUCUUCAGAGGGGAUAUCCUUGCUUUCUCAAACAACCUAAAAAAAAAUUAUACCUUUUUUGUUUUGAGUAAACUGCAUACUGUAAUGAAAAAAAUUUCUGUCAUCGGAAGCCCUCUAACGAAUGAAACUAUGAAGGUGGUUCUAAAGAAAUGCAUUUUGUUGCUUAUCAAAUAAAAAUGGUUAUAAAGUAACAUUCAUACUGUAGCAAGUUUAUAAUGGUUUCUCACUGAUCCGACUAAAGGACUAACUUCAAAGCCCCGUUGUCGAACAUUUAAGGAUUUUUGGUUCUGAAAGGUUUAUCCCCACUAGGAAAGAAAUCAAACUGCUGCUUACAGUGUUCAUACAAAUGAAAAAUCUUCUUCAUUCAUUUUGAAAAGAAAAAAUUUUAGCCAACUAGGUCAUUUCGGGAAAUUUUCUUCAAUAGAAGGGGUAUGCAAACAAUAUGCCAAACAAUGCACAAGAACACUUCUCUCCGAGAGAUUGGUUUUCUUCAAAAUACAAUGAUUAUGAAAAAUGAAAUUAAAAAACCCCGAAGAGCAGUCUGAAUCAUACUAACUAAUAUAUUUUCAAAAUCAAAAGUUUUUGGUAGUCAACUUUCGCUAAAAUGUACUUUGAGGUUUUUUCUACUUGGUAUCACAAAAAAUCUAAUAUUCGUCUGUUUUUCCAGUUAUAAAAACUCGGGGUUGUGCGCUAUGGAAUGUGCAAAGAAAUGGAAGUUUUUGGUGACUUUCAAUCGCCAUUUUUUGAAUAGAGCAGAAAUAAAAAAUUUGCAGGAAUCUGAAAGCAAAAACUCUCAGAGUACAAUCUUACAAACUCCUAACAAUUUCACUGUUUUAAAGAAACUUUUUUCUUAAAAACCGACGGCAGAUAUGAAGCGACUAUGAUCAGCAAAAUAAAAAUAUUUCCUUCGUUUUUCUUUGAUCUCUAUCAGGUUUUUAGUAAAUAUUGAAACAUUUCACCAGUUAUUACUGAAAAUAUUUUUUAAGCAGGAACGGGAAAUAAAUUUGGCACUACUCCGAGUGAUUGAAGAGAACUCGCGUGCCAUCCAGUGUUUCUUACUUUUUGAUACGAAAUCGGAUUUAAUGAUAAGGCUUUGAGUCUUGAUGACCAUUUUCGAUGAUCGAAUGAACGAACUAUUUUUCAAAUGCAAUGUUUUUAUGCCGUUCUAAAUUACUCAAAAGAAAGUUCUUUUUUAUUCACAUUUAUUUUGUCACCAGGAAGGCGAGGCAGGAAUGGCUUUUUAGCCUUCAGUUGUGAUGGUAAUAAUUCAAAGUCUGCUGAAACCUUCUCGUUGGGUUGCUCAUUUGAAAUACAUAGGUUUUUCUUAUCACAUCCAUGAAAUCUCAGCUUCUGCCUUUUAAAGAUCCCGACUUUUGGCCUCUUUUUUUUUUCUUCAACAUGAAAAAGAAUAAUCAGAAAAAGUUAUCUACUUUGAAACUAGAAAAAAACUGUAUAAGACACUGAAGAAAUUUUAAUAGACCACAUCUUUAGAAGGCUUUGAACAUUUUAAGGACACUCCUUAGAAUCAAAUUUUUUUAAUCAAUGAAUAAAUUCUAUGUUUGGUGACGGAAAACCCUCCUUUCAGAAGUUUUGAAGCUUGCCAAAUUCCGGAAAUUUUCUUCUCAGUACCUGAUUUGAAUAAGCAGACAAUCGUCUUGGUUUUUGGUAGUUUUUGCUUGAGAUUUCAAGCUAAACUUGAUUUGCAUACAAGAAUCCGCGCAAUUCCCUAUUUAAGAUAUCCCUGUUAACUAAAAAAAACCAUUUUUAGAAGAAAAAGACAAAGCCAAAAGUUUGAAGAAAAAAUAAGGAAACUAAUGUAUCAGAUAGAAUAAAACAUGGCCUAUUCAAUUAUAUACUUUAAAAACGGAUAAUCGUGCAACUGACCUUAUAAUAAUUGCGAGAAAAAAGUAAUUAAACCGAUAACUUGCGGUAUGCAGAAUAUUGCGCGCGUGCGUUGCGACCGACGCCAUUCAUUGCACGCGCUCGAAUCUCGUAUUAUUUAUCACUGUUUUUCUCAGGAACCUGGUCACGUUGCUCAUCAGUUGGUUUUUAAUGAAUUCUACUCUCAAGUUAUUUUUACAGAUAUGCUUUGUUUGUAUCAUCCGUUGUUCAAGUCCGGCCAUCUACCAGUGAUCUUCGCUAUAGUUUUCGUCAUUAACCUCGGUGAGUUUUUGAUUUCAAAAAUUUAGUUGUUUGUAUACAUUUAUAGUUAAUAAAAGAGUUUGUUCUAUAAAUUACCAGUUAUUUUUUUAAAAAAAUAAUAUUUAACACAAUUUAAGGGAUGUUUUAACUGACACAGUUCUUUUUCAAAGUUUCCAGAAAAAGAAAAACUCAGAGAUACAAAUUUAUCAAUUUUAAAAAGUUCAUCACGUUUUUUUCUUUGAUUUUUUUAGGGGUGUUUAAUUCAUAAAUAGAGAAUUAUGCGGCCUGAAACUUCCAAAAGCAAAAAAAUCUUUUGCAAAUUCAGAACAUCAAAAAAAAAUUGCAUAAUUUUAUCAUUGCUUGAUCUGGUUCAACAAGAAAAAAUUCAGCUUUUACUUACAUCGUGGCGGUUGUGCGAGGAGAUGUGGAUCCAUUAUUUCCUUACGUUUCGGCUGCGGCCGACCACCGUCCGGAGUCGUGUUUCUUCAGCGCUUUGCUGAACAUAUCUUCUGCUUUGUCGGCUUUGAUUAUUUUGCUCAGGUAUCGUUUUUCUUCUUCCGAACGAUGAAUACUACAAAAUCAAAGAGAAUUACUUUUUUUCCUGCUUCUAGAUGCCACAAAUGUAGAGAAAAGCUCCAGUUUUUGCGGUUGCUCUGCGUUCCAAAGUUUUACAAUUUUGCAAUAGUCUGCGGCCAUGUUCAUUGUCUAAAGAGCCCUGAGACAUUCAUAACUAAAAAUUGUACAAAUUUCUCAAUCCUAAUUAAUGUUUUAUCAUCCAGCAAAUUAGAUCCCAGUCUCUACUUUUUAAUCCAUCAAAAAAUAAACUUUUAGAAGCGAACUUGUGAAGCGGAUGCUCAGUGAAGAAGAACGUUUUCUUCUGAUUAUCAAUAAAAUUUCGCUGUUUUUUUCGGGUUGCUUGGUGCUUUCGGAAUGUUUAUCGUUGCCAAUUUUCAGGUGAAGUUUUUUCUAAAUAUGAAAAUAUAAAUGAACUCAUUUCUGGGAUAUAUUGGAUCAGUAUUAAUUUUACUUCUCCGUGAAAAAAGAAACUUUCAGUUUCUUAAAGUUUCUCAUCAAAGAAAAAAACCAGAAAAAAACGUUGCUUACUUUUUUUGGAUAUGAACAUUUUACGUUUUUUUCUCAAAUAUAAGAAUGAACCUUAGUUAACAUAUUUCAAAAAAAGGCUCCAAAAAAACAGAAAAAUACUUCAUAAGUUCUAUCGAAAUAAAAAAUUAGUUUUAAUGAUUUAUGGGGAUGCUCUUAUUUUGAAAAAUAUGUCUCUCAAGGGUUUUUAUAAUUAGAGGGCGGUUUUUAUCCAAUUUUUUCAUUCUGGUGAUAAAAACCAAGAAUAUGCGGAGAAAAAGUUGUUGGAGAGUGGAGAAACUGGUAAAAUGGAAUAAUCAGAGGGGUCUUAUAAAUAUAUCACGCAGUGAAUGAACUGGCCACAAAAUUCGAGGAAAAAGUAUUUCAAAAAAUUUAGCUCAAAAAAACUCGACAAUCAUGAGAACCUGGUUUAGGAAACAGCCGUCAUUGCUGUCCACUUGUUAG